AUGUCCCAAGAGAACAGCGUCGAGAUCUCUGCGGCCACGGACGUGUUGAAUCUUGGAAAGGGCCUCUCGCUACACUUUCAGGGCGACGCCUUAGUUGUGAAGGAUAAGAGAGCAAUAAAGCGCGAUCGGUCCAAGAGGGUUUGCGGCGUCUCAGUUGGAUCCUCGAAACCCGAGUUCACGAUACCGUUUUAUCACAUCAUUUGGGCGGAAUCGGGUGACGAACUCUCUAUCGACUACGUACUUGUGAACAAGGAGAAAGUCACCCUGAAAAAGCUCGUCUGCACCGUAUACGACCCCUUGCAACCCGUCGCGAACGCCUGGAAGGAAGAGCUUCUGACCCGUGCCUACGGGCAGUCGCAGCGAGGCAAGCGUGCCAAAGUCCUGGUGAACCCUCACGCCGGGCCCGGUGAUGCCGACAAGAUCUGGGAGCAUGAGGUCAAGCCGCUUUUCGUUGCAGCACGCAUGCCACUGGACAUUGUCCGGACAAAGUACACGGGCGAGGCGAUUGAGAUCUGCGAGAAUCUGGACAUCGAAUCGUACGAUAUCGUCAUACCGUGCUCGGGAGACGGACUGCCCUAUGAAGUCUUCAAUGGGCUGGGAAAGAGGCCCGAUGCGCAACGCGCUUUGAAGCGGCUUGCAGUGGCGCACAUACCCUGCGGAAGCGGGAAUGGGCUGAGCUGUAACAUCAAUGGGAGUUUCAAGGCGGGGCCGGCCGCGCUGGCAAUCAUCAAGGGUGUGAGAACGCCCAUGGACUUGAUGAGUGUCACUCAAGGUGACAAGCGGUUGUUGAGUUUUUUGAGCCAGUCCUUUGGUAUCGUCGCUGAAUGCGACUUGGGCACAGAGAACAUGCGUUGGAUGGGCGCCAAGCGUUUCGAUGUUGGUGUGGUGCAGAGAAUAUUCACCAAGAGGACAUGGCCAGCCGAGAUCUCUGUCAAGACGGUCAUGUCGGACAAAAAUGAGAUCAAAACACAUUACAAACAAACUCGGAGCGAGGACUUCUCGGUUCGAAAGGAGAAAGAAGUCGUCGGCGGCUCUUCAGUCAAUGGAGGGUCCGUGUCGAGCCAAACAGAUGCGGCCGAAGGGCUGCCACCUCUGAAGUAUGGUACCGUCAAUGACAAGCUGCCCUCAGACUGGGAAACCACUACCCACGAUAAACUUGGCAACUUCUAUUGCGGCAACAUGGGCUAUAUGGCCCCAAACGCCAAUUUCUUCCCUGCGGCAUUGCCAAACGACGGAUUGAUGGACUUGGUGGUCAACGACGGCAACAUUUCUGCCUUGAAAUACAUAGACCUAAUGACCUCGAUCGAGAGUGGUCACUUCUACGGCAAUCCUCUAAUCUCGUACCGAAAGAUCGUAGCAUACCGCCUCACACCGAAGCAGAAUGAUGGUUACGUCAGCAUCGACGGUGAGCGCAUCGAGUUCAAGCCUUUCCAGGUCGAAAUACAUCAGGGACUAGCUACUGUAUUGACGAAAAACGGACGCUAUGAAGCGCCUGGGCCCCUAGGCUGGGACACUGGCUCGCUAUGA